AUGCCUAUAAUACCCAAGGUAGAGGCCCCUCUCUUCUUGCUCCUGUCUGUGGUGGCUCUGGUACAUCCCCAGGAUGAGUGUGAUGUCACUUCCUGUCACCCCCAGCUGGGCGACUUAAUGGUGGGGCGCAAUAGUCAGCUUUCAGCAACCUCCACCUGUGGCCUGAACGGACCCCAGACCUACUGCAUCAUAGGACACUUGGAGGAUGAACAGAAGUGCUUCACCUGUGACUCCAGGUACCCCUACAAUCUCUACAGCAACCCCAACAGCCACCAGAUCGAGAAUGCCAUCACAACCUUUGAGCCCGAGCGCAAGAUGAAAUGGUGGCAGUCGGAGAAUGGUGUUCAUGAAGUCAGUGUCCGACUGGAUUUGGAAACACUCUUCCAGUUUAGCCAUCUGGUUCUCACUUUUAAGAGCUUCCGCCCUCUCGCCAUGCUGGUGGAGAGGUCCAAAGACAACGGGAGGACCUGGAAGGUGUUCCGUUACUUUGCAGAGGACUGUAAAGCCUCGUUUCCCAGGAUCUCAGAAGGACCAGCUGACAGUGUGGAUGAUGUCAUAUGCGACAGCAAAUACUCUGCGCCAGAGCCUUCCACAGAUGGAGAGGUUGUUUUAAAGGCCCUGGAUCCAAAUUUCCACAUAGAAGACCCCUAUGCUCCUGACAUACAAGAGCUCAUCACCAUAACAAACCUGCGGGUGAACUUCACGCGCCUCUUCACCCUGGGCGACACGCUGCUGGGACGACGCCGGAGGAACCCGCAGGACAAGUACUACUACGCUCUGUACGAGAUGGUGGUGAGGGGCAACUGCUUCUGCAACGGGCACGCCAGCCAGUGCAUGCCUGUGGACAGCGGCCGCGGAGACGUCUUCAGCGAGCCGGGCAUGGUGCACGGCCGCUGUGUUUGCCAUCACAACACAAUGGGGACCAACUGCGAGCGCUGCCAGGACUUUUACCAUGACGCCCCCUGGAGGCCAGCGGGAAAAACAGCCACAAAUGCCUGCAGAAGGUGUAACUGCAAUGGUCACUCAGACCGGUGCCAUUUUGACAUGGCAGUCUACCUGGCCAGCGGGCAGGUCAGCGGAGGAGUUUGUGAUGACUGUCGGAACAACAGAAUUGGGAUUCAUUGCGAGGAAUGCAGCCCUUUCUUUUACCAGGACCCCCGCCUACCCCCAGAGCACCCGAACGCCUGUGUCCCCUGUGACUGUGAUCCAAACGGCUCACUGAGUGGCGGGCUGUGCGACCCCAGGACGGGACGCUGUGUCUGCAAGAGCCACGUGGAGGGGGACAGGUGCGACAGGUGCAAAUACGGCUUUUACGGGCUCAGACAGGACGACCCCGCAGGCUGCCAGGCCUGCAACUGUAACCCUCUGGGCACUGUUCAGACACCGUACCCAUGUGACCAGGCAACCGGAGCCUGCUUCUGUCGACGGCUUGCCACAGGACCCUAUUGCGACCAGUGUGUGCCUGGUUACUGGGGCCUGGGAAAUACUGUGUACAGCUGCUCUCCCUGUGAUUGUGACAUUGGAGGAGCCUACAACAGCAUGUGCAGCUCAGCAGAUGGUCAGUGUCAGUGCCUGCCCAACAUGGUGGGCCGCACCUGCAGCGAGCCUGCCCCUGGGCACUUCCUGGCCCCCUUGGAUUAUUACCUGUAUGAUGCGGAACGUGCCAUCCCUCUGGAACGCCGAGCCUCUUCCUUGCUAUACCCUACUCCUGAAGCCCCUCCCCGGUGUGAUGAGUACUUCAAACAGAGGGGCUAUGACUUCAAGUACAGGAACGGGAAUUUUGUUCUGGUGAAGAGGGCGAAGCGCAGGGCUCGGCGCAGGAGACAGUCCAUUCCUGUGGAGCCCGGCUCAGCGCAUCAGAUUAUUCCCCGUGAACGGACCGCAGACCGUCUCGUCACGUGGACCGGACCCGGAUUCGUCCGCGUGCAGGAUGGGGCGGGGCUGAGGUUCAAUGUCAACAACCUGCCCGUCUCGCUGGACUAUGCUUUGGUCAUCCGCUUCGAACCUGAGACAACAGAUGACUGGGCAGCUGUCAUCAAGAUCGUCCCCGCAGGAUCACCUGGAGACGGGGUCUGUCCCAACAACCUGACAGAGACCAACACACUUUUCCUCUCCGGUUCCGACAGGAUGGCCCUGCUGAGCACGUUUGCAUGUCUGAACCGUGGAGGAGAGUACCAUGUGGACAUCGUCUUCGAGAGACGGACAAACAAUGACCCUCAGCCCACCGAUUAUAUCCUCAUAGACUCAAUGGGCCUGGUCCCAAAGAUCGAUUCCCUGCAGAACUUCUGUUCGGACCACCAGCUGGACGAGUUCCGUCGGUACCGGUGUGUUGAGAUCGCGCUGGAGGUGGGGCUGCAGGUCCUGCCUGAGGUGUGCGAGAGGCUCAUCAGCAGCAUGUCGGCCCGGAUCCACAACGGCGCCGUGCCCUGCAGGUGUAACCCAGUGGGUGCACUCAGCCCCUCCUGCAGUAAAUUCGGUGGACAGUGUCACUGUAAACCCAACGUGAUUGGCCGCUGCUGUGACACAUGUGCACCCCAGACGUUUGGCUUUGGACCCAAUGGUUGCACACCAUGUGACUGUGACCCCCGCGGCUCCAUGGAGCCGUUGUGUGACCAGGGGAGCGGUCAGUGUCCGUGUUGGCAGGAGAUGACCGGCCGGCGGUGUGACCAGUGUCUGCCGGGGUACUUUGGGUUCCCUCAGUGUCAGCCCUGCCAGUGUAACGGGCUAGCAGACCUCUGUGAUCCUGUCACUGGAGAGUGUUUGAACUGCAGAGACCACUCUACUGGACCUAACUGUGAAAGGUGUGUGGAGGGUUACUUUGGAGACCCAGUCUUCAGGGAGCCGUGCGAACCCUGCCUGUGUCCCGACUCCAAAGAGAGCGGCCGCUACUUUGCAUGGUCCUGCAGCAAGUACCCAGAAUCUGAGAGGGUUAUCUGCGAAUGCGAGCAGGGACACACAGGUGCUCGCUGUGACGUCUGCUCUCCCGGUUUCUACGGGAACCUGGCGUUGCCGGGCGCCCGCUGCGAGGAGUGCCCCUGCAACAACAACAUCGACCCGAGGGACGGGGACGCCUGCGACUCGCUGACGGGCGAGUGCCUGCGCUGUCUGCACAACACUCAGGGGCCGCGCUGCCAGAGCUGCAAAUCUGGUUACUACGGCGACGCCCUCGCCCAGGACUGCAAAGCGUGUUCAUGUGACCCGCGGGGGACAGAGAUCACCAGGUGUCCGGUGGGAAGCCCGUGUCUGUGUGACCAGGUGACCGGGCAGUGCACCUGCCGGCCGGGAGUCAUCGGUGCCCUCUGUGAUGAGUGCGACGACGGCUUCUGGAACCUUGGGGGUGUCGCCGGGUGCCAGCCGUGUGACUGUGACCCCGCCAACUCUCUGAGUAACCAGUGUGACAAGGUAACAGGACAGUGUCCGUGUCGUACCGAAUACGGGGGAAGACAGUGCGAUGAGUGUGGAGAAAACUACUUUGGGAAUCCAGACCUGCAGUGCAUCUCCUGUGACUGUAACAUGGAGGGCACGGCGCGUCCCGCCUGUGACACGGACACGGGUGAGUGCCUUUGCCGGCCCGAGGUGACGGGGAUCUUCUGCGACGAGUGUGCCCCGGGGCGCGACUCCAGGUUCCCCGAGUGCGCCCCCUGCCACGACUGCGCCCUGCUGUGGGCCAAGAAUGUGACGGACGUGCAGCGGGCAGCAGCUAGGAUGAAGGAACUGAUCCCCAACCGCACCCAUGACCUGGAGCCGGGCUACGCUCGUCUGCUGCAGUGGAUCGAGAAGAAGCUGUCUGAGCUGGGCUGGCUCGUCAACGCCACCAGCCUCUCCCUCCCAGAGUUAAUGAAGGCGGAGCGGCUGUGUGAAAGCAUCUCGAUGCUGAAAGACAGCAUCGAUCCAAAUAUAAUUAUAAUUGACAAGUCUCCACUUCUGAACACUGAAAUUGAUAACAUCAGAUAUGACUUCAAUAAACUGCUGGCUAAAUUGAUUGACUAUACAAAACAAAAGCCCCAAUACAAUGAAGACACUAAGACAGCAUUAAAAGCCAUGGAGGAGAUCAGGAAGCACCACGCAAAGGACAAGGAGUCAGAGCAGCGUGUCAAAGACGCAAAAGCGAUGCUGGACUCCUCAAAGGCCAAGCGGCAGGAGGCCAAGGAGAGGCUGGACAGCUGUCCCAAGAAAGACUGGAACAACCUGGAGAAGAAGAUCAAGUCGCUGAGCGUGGCCGGCCUCAACGAGGAUAUCUGUGGUGCUCCCGGCGAUGCCAAUUGCUCGCAGGCAGAGUGUGGGGGCGCACUGUGUCGAGAUGCCCUGGGGGCCCGUGAGUGUGGGGGUCCCACCUGCAAGGGCAGCCUCCCCGUGAGUCAGAACGCCUCGGAAAUCGCGGAACAGGCGGACAGGGACAUCCAGGCCCUGCUCAACAGCCUGCGGGACUCUGCCCAAAAGAUCAGUGAGGUGAAACAGAUGACCCAGGACACCAAAGAUGAGGCUGAAGAGCUGAUGAAGAAGAUCAGCGACAGCAAGGAGAAAUAUGAAAAGGAGAAGAACACCACCAAGGAUCUUAUACAGCGUGUCAAGGAUUACUUAAGAGAUGAGCUGGUGAAGCCAGAGGACAUUGACAAGGUGGCCGCAGCUGUGCUGGCCAUCCAGCUGCCUGGAUCGCCAGCAGAAAUUCAGGACAUGAUCCGGAAGAUCCAGAACAUCCUUGUAAACUGCACUGACCUGCAUGAGGACUUGAAUAAGUUGCAAGACCAGGUCAAAACUGCUCAGGAUUUGCUGAAGAGAGCCAAGGAGGUCCAGAACAAAACUAAGGCAAUCGACGUCAGCGAAAUUAAGAAAGCAAUGGCGGAUGCGGAGGAGGCACAGUCCAAGGUCAGCAAAGACCUGGAGCAAGCGAAAAAGAACACGGAUGCCGUCGAUCAACAACUGAAAGCGAUUGAGGACAAACUGAGCAACACUGAGAUCAAUUUGGAUCCCCAGAGGAUCAAAGACCUCCUGGAAGGAACGGAGGCUCUGAAGAACAAAACGGAGGUGAACCGACGGCAAGCGGAGGAGGCAAAGGCUGCGGCCGACAAAGCUCAGGACGCAGCCAAAGGCCUCGACAAGGUAAUGAGGGCUCGCGUCAAACCACCCAUCAUCAAAUAG